AUGGUCCACCCCGCCACAGCCCCCAAAGGUGCCCCUCAAGCCUUCGACUUCAUCGUCGUGGGAGGUGGUACGGCCGGCUGCGUUGUUGCUGGCCGUCUGGCCGAGAACCCGAAAGUCUCAGUGCUCGUGAUUGAAGCUGGUAUCAAGUACGUCAAUGGCUUUUCACCCCCUGGGUCGAACCUCGCAGCUGACAUGAAGUAUAGUAACACCAACGAGAUACCCGAGAUCAACACCCCGGCUCGUGCCUUUGAGCUGCGAGGCAGCCAGUAUGACUGGGGUUACAAGACCACCCUGAUCGACCGACCGGACUACACCCGAGUCGAGAAGCCCAACACUCGUGGUAAGAUGCUCGGCGGUAGCAGCGGUGGCAACUACUACACCUGGGUCCGUGGUAGCGCGGCCACCUUCGACGACUGGGCCGAGUAUGGAACAGACGAAUGGAACUGGGAGAACACCAAGAAAUACUUCAACAAGUCGACCACAUAUCACGACGACGACAACCUCUAUCCCACUGACCUUGCAAAGAUCGGCAACCUCGGCGGGCCUCUUCACAUCUCACACUCCGAUCUGGUUCCUGAACUCAAGCCCUUCCGUGAUGCCCUCGAGAAGGCCUGGGUCAGCAAAGGUCAGGAGCUGACCUCGGAUGUCUACAGCGGCACCCAAAAGGGUCUGUUCAAGUGUGUCAACAGCAUCUACAAGGGUCGCCGAUCUACUGCGGCCGUCUUCAUUGAGGGAAAGGAGAACGUGACCCUCAUGUCGUCCACCAUCUCCAAGAAGAUUGUCUUCGAGGGCAACAAAGCCGUUGGUAUCACUGUCAUCGGGCCCGACGGCCAGGACUACACGUUCAAGGCCAAGUACGAGGUCAUUGUGUCGCAGGGUGUGUUCGAGUCGCCCAAGCUGCUAAUGCUUUCGGGCAUCGGCCCCAAGGAACACCUCGAGUCCAAGGGCAUCAAGACCCUCGUCGACUCGCAGCACGUGGGCCAGAACCUGCUGGACCAUCCCAUCUUAUCCCACGUCUUCAAGAUCAAGGACGGGUAUGGCCUGGACAGCCAUCUCCUGCGCGCGGGCCCUCAGAAGGACGGCGCCAUCGCCGCUUUCCGGAAAGACCGCACUGGCCCGUACAGCAGCGGUCUGCUCGAGCUGGUCGCCUUCCCCCGAGCCGACGAGUGGUUUGAGACCUCCAAGGAGUACCGCGAGUACAAGGCCAAGAACGGCGGCGUAGACCCCUUUGGACCGGGUGGCCAGCCACACUUUGAGGUCGACUUUGUGCCAAUGUUCUGCGACGCCUUCCAAUGGCACUUCCCUACCCCUCCUUCGGGCGACUACCUGACGGUGAUCGUGGACCUGAUGCGGCCUUUGUCACGCAACGGCGAGGUCAAGCUCAACUCGACCGACGCCACGGAGCAGCCGUACAUCAACAUCAACUUCUUCUCGCACGACCUGGACCUGGUCGCACUGCGAGAGGGCGUGCGCAUGAUCGACGACAUCGUCAUGAACGGCGAAGGCAUGAAAGACCUGAUCGAGAGCGACUACCCCUGGCCCAUGCCGCGCAACUCGGACGAAGGAAUGAUCCGCCAGAUCCUUGAGCGCUCCCAGACGGGCUUCCACCCGUGCGGCACCACGCGGUUGUCCAAGGACAUCAAGCAAGGCGUCGUCAACCCCAAGUUGCAGGUCCACGGCACGACCAACUUGCGUGUCAUCGACGCCUCCGUCUUCCCCGUCAUUCCCGACUGUCGUAUCCAGAACGACGUCUACAUGGUGGCUGAGAAGGGCGCUGACCUCAUCAAGGCCGACUAUCCCAGCCUCUACAAAUAG